GCUGAGCUCCUGGAGACGCCGGCUGGAGAGUCCCGCUUGCCGCGCAGAGGGGCGGAAGGGAGCAGCGCGCCCACGUGCACCGGGGGUGGGGAUGGGAGCCCCAAAACGUGCAGGCAAUAAAAUCAGUCGCAGCAAUAGCUGAGCUGCGUUGAGCGCUUCCCCAGGGGCGCACCUGGCUGCAGCUGACACCGCGCGCGCAUCACCACCUGCACGGCCACCCAGGCGAGCCACGCGCCCGGGAGCGCACCAGGGUGCGUGUAAGCAACCUGGAAACAUGACUGCAACCCACGGAUCUGUUAAAAUCAUCUUGAGGCUUCUGCGAUGACAGCCAUCGGUCCUCCCUCUACCCCCGCUCUGCCUGCCCAGGAACCUGUUUUUCCCCAAGAGGAGAGCAUGGCUGCUGCCUACCUGCCCGCCUGGUCCCAGGACUUAAUGACCUUUGACGACGUGGCAGUGGAUUUCUCCCAGGAGGAGUGGGCGUUGCUGGACCCAGCCCAGAAAAGCCUGUACAGAGACGUGAUGCUGGAGACAUACAGGAACCUGGUCUCACUGGGGUAUUCACUGUUUCGACCAAUGAUGCCUUUCCACUUGAAACAGGGAGAAGCCAUGUGGACUAUGGAUAAAGAAAUUCCCCAAGCCUCCUGUUCAGAUUGGGAGACGAGACUGCAAAACCAAGAGUCAACUUACAAGAAGAUCAUUUUGGGGGAAGAACCAUCUGGUGGUAUAAAUAUCAUAAGGUUCACCAGAGAAGGUGGGGAAUGUGAUCAAUUUGAGGAGAAUCUUGAAGACCCCAAGAGGCUUUUGAGGCCGGUGAUGUACAUCCAAACAAGGGCAUUUUCUCAGGAGAGAGCUUCUACAUGGUAUGAUUUUGGGGGAAACUGUAAUUUGAGCUCAAAUCUUGGUUUAUCACAGAGAAGUUCUACAGGGAAACAUUUCCACGAAUGUGAUCCACAUAUGGAGAGUUUGGGACCUGAUUCAUUCUUAAACAGUCAUCAAAUGGGAUAUGCAGAUCAGAGAUUCUGUGAAACUAAUGAAUGUAGAGAAGCCCUUGGCCAAAAUAGUCACCUUAUUCAACAUGAAAGAACUCAUCCAGGAGGGAAAUCUUCUGCAUAUGCUGAAAGUGAGAAAUCAUUUAAUCAUAAUACGGCUCUUACUGUACAUAACAAAAUUAAUACUGUAGAGAAGCCCUAUGAAUGUCACCAGUGUGGGAAAGUCUUCAACCGGAAGCACUCUCUCAGCGAACACCAGAGAAUUCAUACAGGAGAGAAACCAUAUGCAUGUCAGGAGUGUGGCAGAGCCUUCACACACAGCUCAACCCUCACUCGACAUUUGCGAACUCAUACUGGAGAGAAGCCCUAUGCAUGCAGCGAAUGUGGGAAAGCCUUCAACAGGGUUUCAUCACUUACUCAACAUCAGAGAAUUCACACGGGGGAAAAACCCUAUAAAUGUAAAGAUUGUGGGAAAUCCUUCUGCCAGAGUUCUUAUCUGAUUUUGCACAAGAGAACUCAUACUGGUGAGAAACCCUAUGAAUGCAACGAAUGUGGAAAAGCCUUCAGUGAUCGUUCAUCUCUUAAUCAACAUGAGCGAACUCACACUGGUGAGAACCCUUAUGAAUGUGAUCAGUGUGGAAGAGCCUUCAGCCAGAGGUCUUCCCUUGUUAGGCACGAGAGAACUCACACUGGAGAGAAACCAUAUAGUUGUAAUGAAUGUGGGAAAGCCUUUAGCCAGAGCUCUUCACUUAUUACACAUCAGAAAACCCACACAACUCAGAAAACCUACAAAAUCAUUGACUGUGGGAAAGCUUUCCUUCAGAGCAGCCACCUUAUUGGAUUUUAGAGAUUGCUUUUUAGUAAUCUACCAUAUAAUUAUGGUUGAAUGUUGCCCUUAAGAAAGCACUGAGGGUUAGAUCUGAGAUGUGGCCUUUUAAUAGGGAAAGUUGCCAUUGAGCUACACCUAGUGGGUUUGGUCCUUUUUGAUAUGAUUGGCAAAUGGGAACACUAAUGUGGAAUGGGAUUUUGCUAAGAAUUAUUAUGAUUAAUUUAGUUGUUGAAACGGAAGUUAUUCCAUUUAAACUUUUUGUCUUGGGUUCAAUAUUUUUGUUUCAGUAUUCUGUUUCAAACAUUUUACCUAAUCAUUCCAGCACUGUUAUUCACUUACCUAGUUUCUAAUUCGACUCAUGUAUUACUCUCGCAAUGUAGAACUUGGCUAAGACAGAAAGCUCUUUGGAUGUUAUGUCAAAAGUAAAAAGUGCAAAAUAAUAUAUAUAAUUCCAUACAGUGCAGUCAAAAUAUAUACAUAAAGAGCAAAGACUGGAAAGAGACAUGAAAAAAUGAAAAGUUUUUCAGGGUUAUCUGAUAUGUGUGAUUUUCUGUCUUUUUUCCAUAUCAUUCAGUAUUGCUGUAAUCAUUUUGACAAUAAAUAAAAAUUGCACAGCAUCAAAA